GCAUUGGUCCGUGAGGGUCAUGUGACGAGCUUCCUUGUUUUGCGGAGUUCGCUGGUCGGUUUCUGUAGACUAGAGACUCGGCGCGUAGGAAGGCUGCAUAAGUUACUCUUCUGUUGCAAAAGUCAAAAGCUUUCAACAUGGCCGAGCUGAGCUUCGUGAUCCCCAUGGCUGUAAUGACGAUAUUCUGGGGAAUUAUCGGCGGGGUCGUGCCUUGGUUCAUUCCCAAGGGUCCGAACAGCGGAGUUAUCGUCACCAUGCUGGUGCUCACGGCUGUGUGCUGCUAUCUCUUCUGGCUCAUUGCCAUCCUGUCUCAGCUGAAUCCAUUGUUCGGCCCGGCGCUGAAAACUGAUGUCAUCUGGUACCUGCAGUAUCACUGGCCCUAGACAUGAGACCCACGGGGUGGUGACCACGCCAGACUGGACAGCUACUCCUUAGAAAGAGAGGCGGACCCUGAAGACUGUGUGUGUGUGUGUGUGUGUGUGUGUGUGUGUGUGAAUUGCCUUGAAUGCAUUCCAGUUUCUCACCUUAACAACACUGGUGAACCUUCUAAGUGGUUAUAGAAAGUGGAGUGUGUGUGUGUGUGUGUGUGUGUAUGUGUGUGUGUGUGUGUAUGUGUGUGUGCGUGUGUGCGUAAACAUGUGUUUAUCUGUAUGCUAAGUUAUGCUACUCUGUCUUUAAAUUAAACACGUUUGAAAUAACACAGCAGUGGAGCUCC